CCGGCCGAGGCGCGGGGCGCUGCGGGCCCGUUAGGGGCGAUCCGGGCACGGGGCCGCGGCCAUGGCUGCCUCCGCCUGGCCCUGCCUGCUGCUGUGCGUCGGGGCCGCGGCCUUGAGCGUCGGUCCGGCCCCGCCGAGCAUCCGCUUGCCACUGCGGGGAGGAUCGGCCCCGCCGCCGGGCGCCAGGGCGAGGAGAGCGCCGGAGGAGGCGGAGAGGAGGAGCGCCUUCGUGGAGAUGAUCGAUAACUUGCGGGGCAAGUCCGGGCAGGGCUACUAUGUGGAGAUGACGGUGGGCAGCCCCCCGCAGAAGCUCAAUAUCCUGGUGGACACUGGGAGCAGUAAUUUUGCUGUGGGAGCUGCACCUCACCCCUUUCUUCGGAGAUACUACCAGCGGCAGCUGUCCAGCACCUACCGUGACCUGCGGAAGGGUGUGUAUGUGCCCUACACCCAGGGCAAGUGGGAAGGGGAGCUGGGCACUGACCUUGUCACUAUCCCCCACGGCCCCAACGUCACUGUCAGAGCCAACAUUGCUGCCAUCACGGAGUCAGACAAAUUCUUCAUCAACGGCUCCAACUGGGAAGGGAUCCUGGGGCUGGCCUAUGCAGAGAUUGCCCGGCCUGAUGACAGCUUGGAGCCCUUUUUUGAUUCCCUGGUGAAGCAGACCCAGGUGCCCAACAUCUUCUCCCUCCAGCUUUGUGGAGCAGGCUUCUCAUCCAAUGAGACGGAGACCUUGGCAUCAGUGGGAGGCAGCAUGAUCAUUGGUGGCAUCGACCGCUCGCUGUACGUGGGUGACAUCUGGUACACACCCAUCCGGAAGGAGUGGUACUACGAGGUCAUCAUUGUCAAGCUGGAGGUCAAUGGGCAGGACCUGAACAUGGACUGCAAAGAGUACAACUAUGACAAGAGUAUCGUGGACAGCGGCACCACCAACCUCAGGCUGCCGAAGAAGGUGUUUGAGGCUGCAGUGAAAUCCAUCAAAACAGCUUCUUCGACAGAGAAGUUCCCAGACGGCUUCUGGCUGGGGGAGCAGCUGGUUUGCUGGCAGGUCGGCACCACCCCCUGGCACAUCUUCCCCGUUCUGUCCCUCUACCUGAUGGGAGAGGCCACCAACCAAUCCUUCCGGAUCACCAUCCUUCCCCAGCAAUACCUGCGCCCAGUGGAGGAUGUGGCCACCUCUCAGGAUGACUGCUACAAGUUCGCCAUCUCUCAGUCCUCCACAGGCACUGUCAUGGGUGCUGUCAUCAUGGAAGGUUUCUACGUGGUCUUUGACCGUGCCCGCAAGCGCAUUGGCUUUGCUGUCAGUGCCUGCCACGUGCACGACGAGUUUCGGACAGCCGCAGUGGAGGGGCCCUACCUGCACUCCAACAUGGAGGACUGCGGCUACAACAUCCCACAGACGGAUGAGUCCACCUUGAUGACCAUUGCUUAUGUCAUGGCAGCCAUCUGCGCCCUGUUCAUGCUGCCUCUCUGCCUCAUGGUGUUCCAGUGGCGCUGCUUCCGCUGCCUGCGACGGGACCACGAUGACUUUGCUGAUGACAUAUCUUUGCUGAAGUGACACCGGAGCGUGGGGGCAGCACCGGGACAGCAGCCCCAGACCUCUCUGCGCCCACCCUGCCUCGCUGCCCCCCAGGACAGGCAGCCAUCCUCUCCUGACUCCAUUUUUUGACCACCACGUCCCCUUGGGGGACAGGGAACUGCCUCACCUGCAUCCCAGAUCCACAGUGUUUGCUGCGUAGAAGCUGCUGGCUGCCACCCUCCAGCCCUGGGGACAACAGCCUCUGCUCCAGGACACGGGGUUCUCUUCCCUGCGCUUCACGGCCCCUCGGACUGAACGGGAACAAAGGAAGGAGCUUCCCUACAGCCUGGAACAAGCAGAAACCGCGUGCCAGGAGAGAGCUUGCCCGUUCCCCAGCCUGUCGCCUGUUUGAAAGCCAUAGGGGAGCCAGCGCCGGCUCGGCGGCCCCACCUGCAGCUGCUGCCUCGCCUCAGCAGCUGCUGCCUCGCCUCAGCAGCCAGCGCACCCGGCUGCAGACACGCUCGGACCUGGGCUCCUGCCCCCAAGGCAAGAGACGCCCUGGCAGCACUGGAAAGGAGGUGUCUGUGGGAACUGCAGCAUUUCUUGUUUUUCUAAACACAUGGUUGUAUUUAUUGUUUUGUUGGGUUUUUUUACAAUGCAACUCACUGUUAGUACAGCUGCGCAGAAUCAGUGUGUAUAUAGCAGGUCCCUGCACACAGGUGUACAAAUAAUGGUCUGCUCCUCACCUGUACAAUAUAUACAUAUAGAUCUAUUUUUAAUUCUAGCUCCAAAAGCCACUGUUCCAAACCCAAUAGUAGGGGGUUUUAUCCUGUUUCGUUGUGUUGUUUUUUUAAAUAUUUUUAGCCCUCUGCUCAGUCCUAGGGCCUUGGCCAGCACCCAGCCCAGGGCUUGCUCAGCAGCGGCAUGCCUGGAUGGAAGCACUUUAUGGAUCAUGGGGUGACCUGGAGUUGGUGGCAGAGGAGGCAUUGCGUGUCAGGGACCCGGUGACAAUGAUGAAGGGAUGCAGGCAGAGGGCACAGCUGGAUCACACAGCCGUGGUUCACAGACCAAAAGGACACGGGUCAGAGGAGGCGGUUUUGCCCUUGCUUUGUUCAUACAGCAAAGGGAAGAUGCCAUGGUGUGUAAGAGCAACCUUUCCCUUUUGUGUUCCCCUGCAUCACAGCUCACCCUGCCACAGGAGGAGGGUGCCACUGUGGUUGCCUCCCAUCCCCAGAGCACGUGCUCUUGAGCUUGCUGACAAUUGAUAAUGCUCUGUUUCCUUAAUUCUCUGCCUCAGACUUGGACGUGAAAGUGCUUUGUUCUGAACACUGAGCUUCACUAAUGAAAAAGGCAGCGUUCCUCCACAGGUGAAAAUCAGAGCUACCUGCAGUGCUAGGGCCUGGGCGAAGGCACCGGUUCAGGUGGAUACUGGCUGGAGCACUACAAGCCUCCAGCGACCACUAACAUAAAGCUCAUUAACAAAAUCCUGCAGUUAAAGAUUGCUUUGGGAAAGAUGUGAGGGAGGGAGGCAAGAGGAAACACAGGGUAGGAGAUCAGAAGAGAGGCAAGCAAUCACAGCACCAGGCAAUGCCCCGCCAGCCCAUCACACGCACCCCUGCACCAUCCCACUUACCUACUGUAUUGGGAAACAGCAUCCAGCUCCCGUGCUGUGCUCCAAAACUCAUCCAGCAAUUCAACUCCAGUGCAAGGUUAUGCAAUUGCAGAGUGCACACAGACCUCCACACCCUCGUGCCUGCCCAGGACCCUCCCCAGGAUCCCAGAGACUCUGUUGUGGACCACUGCCUUAAAACAUGCUGACAAGCGUGUGUGUGUGCAUGUAGAAAGACUCAGACUGUGGCCAAAUUCAGGCACGCCGUACCCUGGCAGCACUUGCACUGACCAACCCCAAAGCAAAGGUGCUUCUAGCAGUGCUGAAUUUGUGCCACAGGCUGCAAAAAAAGAAAAAAAAAAAAGAAAAAAAAAAAGGAAAAAACCUACAGAAUAAGUACAAGAUUUUAAGUGGUGCUGAGCACCUUGUAAUCUCAUUGAAAUCCACGGAGAAAGGGUUGGUGCAUCAGCCCGGGCUUUAGGAGAAAGUACAGGAGAGGGGAUCCGAGGAACCGCAACUGGUUGGUUAUCCUGAGCUGCAGUGCAGCCAAAUUUGUUUGCUGCCCAGUGCUCCCUCACCAGGACCCAAAUCUACAGCAGGAAACACCAGGAGAAAGCGUGUGCAGAACUCUGCCCAGAGGGAGGAGGGCUGGGGAUGGCUAGGGCAGGCUGUCGCUAUAGACUCCGGUACUCUGUAACCUAUUGUCUGUGUAAGAACAAUGAAUGUUAACACAGUAAAUUAUUACAUUAAAGAAAAUAAAAAGAACCAAAAGCUUCUCAUCUGCAAUCUGUUCAUUGCUAGGAGGGGAACUGCUCAGAGCACGCACAAGGAGCAGCAGGUGGAUGUGGCACAGCACGUGUGACAUCCCAGUGAGGGGAAGAGAG